GCUAUAUAGCAUUGUAUUGUCAAAAAAAAAAAAAACUAUAUAGCAUUGUAAAAUUCCUCAUACUGGUGAUAUAAGUUUUUUUUUAUUAUUAUUAGGGUACUGCUUAAGUUAUUCGAACUUGAGACCUUCAGAUUCUAGACUAGUGGUAUUACCACUAGGCUAAACCAUUGUUCGUUUAGAUUGUGUUUUAGUUGUAAUCCCACAAAAGUUAAUUUUGAGUGAUUUGUUAGCAAUUUCUACUUUUUGUUGAGAUUGAUAAUCCCUAAAAUUUGAGUGAUUGUGCUAGGUCCCCUAAAAAGUUAAUACAUGUAUUCUAGUUCAAUAUAAGCCAAAAAAAAAUGACUGAAUCUCACAAAUACAUAAUUAGCGCAAUACACCAUAGUCUUUUUUCUAGUUGGAGAUCCCUGAUCUCAUAGCUACUAACAGAGUGAUGAGCCAAAGCAGCAGCGGCUGAAGAUUUGCUGAUGAAGUCAUGAACACGAAAUUGAUGUUGCUAAGCAAGAACUGCAACUGAAGAUUUCCAGUCCCGAAGAAACGACGGCGUUGUGGUCUAAUAGGCUAAGAUGCGUUUGGUCCAGAACGGAGUCGUUUCCUUGAAAGAAGAUGAAGACAGGCCGAAACGGCGUCGUCUCUCUUAGUUCGUUGAUAGCUGUAGUUAAGUACUGUGUAUAGGACACUUGGCGUUUUGUCACUGGUUCAUUUGAUUAGUUAGUUUAUCAUUACUGUUGAUUAGCCAUUAGGAUUAACAGAGGAGUGUACAGGCUUUGUAUAUAAAUGAGAAAUACAGAAAAAAAAGCUCUCAAAAGUUUUUGAGAUCCUUCACCAAAACCCUAGCCGUUUUGUAUUUCUUCUCAGCUACCGUUAGCAUACUGUAAAACUCUUUCAACUUUUGUUUUGAUGGAUUAUCAUGGAUGCUUAAUUAUCUGUUUCAACAUUUUUUUUUUAAUAAUGAAUGCAUCGGUUUUGAUUUUCAAUCGUUAAAUAAGUAAGUGGAUAGAAUGUUAACACCCUAUAAUCAUAUUAUCAUAGAAAUACUUUUUUUUUCCAAAGUUAUCCCGAAAGGGAAGCAGCGAAGAUACGACAAAAUACAAGGCCUCCUAAGACCAGGCUAGGAAAAUUAAAUAAAUAAAACACGAUGAUCGACAAGUGUCUGCACCAUCGCUCCAAGGGCUUGUCUUGCCACGAAAUGGGCAGCCCUAUUAUACCUACGGGGAACGAAAUGGAACGUAGCACGAAGGAAAGAAGCCCGCAACACCUGAAUCUCUUGCAUGAGAGCUCCACCCACCGCGUGCGACGAGUCCUUCGCAUUAAUCAUCCGAAUGAUCACCUGCGCAUCCCCACAAAACAAAACAUUAGUGAACGAGUGAGCCAUGCACCAACGUAAGGAGUCGCGAAGGGCCAGGAGCCCCAAGCGAAUAUAGAGGUAUUCGCCUAUGUAAAGCCAACAAAACCAAUGGCACAUCCGACCAAGCAAGCAAAUUGUAAAUGAAUUUAAUUAUUAGGAAUGAGUUGAAAAGGUAGAAUUUUCCACCCAAAAUGAAGAAAGUAAAACGACCGGAGCUGACAGGAUCAAAAAGCAAAAACGACAACCAUUUAUUUUCCUAGUACUAAUGGGGAAAGGAAAAACUCCCCUUAAAAGAUCCAUCACAGAAUCGCGUCCGUACGCGUUAAUACAAAUUCCCGCCGUUGGCCUUCAACUGUUGUCGAGAGUUCUUCCACAAGCCCUAUAUUGUAAGCUUUACACAAGCCCUAAUUAACGAAGAUAACGUAAUGGCGGCGGCCGCCGAGUACUCGAAGCAACCCAAUCGGAGCGACCAUCGUGGUCUUCAGGAGGAAAUCAUCAUCAUCGGCGGCAGCAGGUUCGACGAUCUUCCCGACCACAUUCUGCACGACAUCCUCAGCUCCCUCGACAUCAAGUUCGCCGUUCGAACCAGCUCGCUGUCGAGGAGAUGGAGGAACACGUGGAAACACAUCUCCGUCCUCAACCUCUCCACGGCGGAGUACACGCGGCGGAGUUUCGGGCCAUCUAUUCGCAAGACUCUCCAAUCUCUCUCGUUCACUGCUGCCAGCAUCACCCGGGCGGCGGCCGACAACGGGCUCGGGCUCGAUUUCAUCGUGGGCCACAUUGGGCUGAAUCAGUCUCUCGAGACUCUCAGGCUGGAGGCAUUUCCCCUCAACACUAGUACUGUUGUUGAAACUGGCUUCCACCUGCUGACCACGUUGGAACUGCGCCGCUGCAAGUUCUACAGCGUUGAGUUGCCUUCGUUGGAGAAUCUCCCCGGCCUGAAACGCUUGAAGCUGGUCGAUUGCAAAUCGUACUAUCCCGUGACGGUGUCGGUUCCCCGCCGACUGCUGGAAUUGGAGAUCCGGCUUUGUUAUUUCGAUGGCUUGAAUCUCGUCGGCGUGAUUGCUCCGAAGCUCGAAACGUUUCGAUUCUCGGGUUACCUGACUCAAUUGGAGCGGCUCGAUCGGUUCGACCUCCCUUCCCUCGACCAUGCUAGCAUCGGGAUCGUCUGGAUCGAGGCGCUAGCCCUGUACGGGCGCUCGCCUACGAGGAUGAUGGAAGAAGGUAAUCGUAUUUAUGGAAACCACGGCGAGACGACGGGGAAACUGAAUCGUGCGUUUGAGAACUUCCUACUUGGUCUGCAUAAUGCAAAGUCUCUCCAUCUGAAUUUUUUCAAGGUAUGUAUGUGUUUUAAGGUUUGGUGAAUAUGUAGGGUUAAGAUAAUUUUUUUAUGAACUUUUAGGGUUUAGCCUAGUCAAAUUGGGUCUUUAAUUCAUGCCCAUAUGUACGCUUUUGAUUCUGUUUUGUCUCGACAGUUGGAAAGUACGAUCCGGUGUAACCUACUCAAAUGCCCUCAUGCCGUAGCAAAAUUGUUAAUGGUGGACAAAGUUUCUCCGUUCACAAAGUUGGAGACUCUGAGGAUUCAAUAUUCACAUGAAUCGCCGAUUAUGGACGAUAAAGUGUUCCUAUAUCAGUUUAAAAUCCCUCGUGUUGCUGAAGAAAAUAUAUGCUCGGAGUACGUAAUUGAGAAGAUUUGCUGAUACUGAAGGCUCUCAGUCGUGAUGCAAACAUGGUAAGGAUGGCAGUAUGGGUCCUCUUUUCCUGGAAUUUUAACCUAAAAUUGUGUUCCCGUGAUGGAGUUUCAAAUUUCAAUCAUCAUGGAUUUGUUUUGAUUUGUAGAUAAUUUUUGCAUAACCGAUGGGGGAAAAUCUGUAACCGUGGAUAUCCGUUCGAAUCCGACCUAAUUGGGUAGUGUAAUACUCGAACUCGAAGGACUUUUAGUGAGUACGGGUAAGACUCGAACUCGAAUAUUGCAGGUAAUGGGUGCCCAUAAUUUUCUCACUAUCCAACACGAACUCCCCCGAUUAUAACAUCCACUAGUACUAAUUCCUAUAAUCAGGCACAAUCCUUUUAGUAAAAAAAAUCCUUCCAAAAGCUUUAGCAAACCCUACCUCAAAGUAAGGUAAUGGCGACAGAGAGUGAACCGAAGCAACUCAAAUCGAGUCGUCACCACCACCAAAACGGAGCAACCAUCGACAGCAGAUUCGACGAUCUUCCGGACCACAUUCUACACCACGUCGUCUCCUUCCUCGACACCAAACCCGCCCGUUCGGACCAGCGCGCUGUCGAGGAGAUGGAAGAACAUAUGGAAAGACGGAAUCUCUUGUUUCAGGCUGCGCUUCACUGCUUAUGAAGUUUGCGACAGGGAAAUAUAAAUUCGUUGCUGAAGACCCUUUUUGGUGAUCAAAUUGUAAGAUCGUCGCAAAAACACCUCUAUUCCCGUGAAAAUGAGCGGAUGGUGGUUUUCGCGACGAUGAUAUUGAUAGUCCUUUCCUCGCCCGUUCUAUAAUCGUCGUCCCUGCAGAAAAGCAUAGAGCGCAGAAACCAUGUAUGGGAUCAUACAUAAAAACUGAUUUAAUGAAGCCAAUGUGUAAAGAAAUCGUAUCGAAUUGUGGCUCGUAUCUUAUGUGGCUCGUAAUUAGAAAUGGUAAUGAGGCAGGUUCGGGGCGGAUAUCUCAAUUUGAUACUCAUAUCCACUUCCAUCACAGGUCGGAUCCAAGUCGGGUAAUUCAUCACAGGGCGUGGGUUGGGACAGAUCGACUCAAUGAUGGGUAUGUAGUGGAAAAUGAAAACAUUAGAAAUAUUCAUUUUUUUUCAUUAAAAAUCCAAGAAGCUAACUAAAAUAUUAUAAACUUAGUUAAGUUAUUCAAAAAAAUUAGAUUCUCGCCUAUUUACAACUUUAUCAGAGCUACAAUACGAGAUAAUAAAAGUAAAAUUAUAAGUAAUUU